ACACAAGUAUUAACCGUUGUAACUAACUGUUCCCCUUGCAAUCAACCGUAAAAACCUUUACCCACAAUUAAUAUUUUCUGAAAUUUCUAUCUUUCAUUUUGUAAUUGCAGUGUCACGUUCAGGCUUCAAUGGGGAAGGACAAAAAAGCAGAACCAAACAAAUUAAUAGUUGUGGAAUUCAAGGUUUCACUGCACUGCAACGCUUGUGAGAGAACCGUUGCCAAAGCCCUCUCCAAGUGCAAAGGAGUGGAAAAGUUCAUCACAGACAUGAACAAACAUCAGGUUGUGGUGACCGGUCGGAUUGAUCCGGAAAAAGUACUGAAGAAAUUGAAGAAGAAGACAGGGAAGAAAGUGGAGAUUUUGUCUAAAAAGGAUGAUGAGACAAACGAUGAAUCUCAUGAAUCGAAUAAACUUGUUAUAAUGCAACAGUUUAGGCCUGAAAAUGAUCAAUAUUGUUGUAUUAAGAAUGAAGACUUGAUGCUGUUCAGCGAUGAGAACCCAAAUGCAUGUGUCCUAAUGUAGAUUUUAACUAGUAAUUAGUUAA